UUGCAUCAAUUUCGUGGUUUGCGCUUUAACAAAAGAGACUAAAAGUACUUUAGUGGUUUACUAUUAUUCCUGUUAUUAAAUCAUUGUCAACAAAUUAUUCAGUGAAACAACUGUUAAACAACCAAAAUGAGCGAGGAAGAUGAACGUACCUUGUGGUGCGGAAAUCUUGCGGAAAAAGUAACGGAAGAACUGCUGUACGAAUUGUUCUUGCAGGCAGGGCCGGUGGAGAUGGUGAAGAUUCCCCGGGACACUGAUAAACGGCAACGAUCGUACGCAUUCAUAACAUACACCCACGCUGUUUCGGUCAAUUAUGCCAUCAAAAUCUACGACGGAACAAGGCUGUUCAAUCGGCAGCUGACGAUACAUAAAAAGAGCCGAAACGGUCCGAAUUCAGGUUCACCGAAGGUUAACAAUAACAGUCCUCAGCAGAAUCGUGGUCAACAGCAGCAGCAGCAUCAGGGUAAUGAGGGAAACAUGCCUAACAUUGGACAGCUUUCAUUCGCAGGCAUGAGUCCAGGGGCGAUGAACCAGAUGAUGCAGGGAAUGAUUAGCCAACUGAGCCAACAAGCUUUGGCUGGUAUGGGCCAGGGGCACAUGCAGCAAAAUGCCUUGCAGAAUAAGAUGAAUCGCAAUGAUCGUCAACAACAGCAGCAGCAGCAGCAUCAACAGAAGCCAUAUUCGAGGGAUAGGGACAGAGGCGACAGGGACCGCGGUGAUAACCAUUCGAGAGACCGAAACGAGGGCCAGAUGUAUUCCAGAGAUAGAGGAAAUAGUCGCGGCAAAAACGAUGGAGGUGGCAAUCAAAGAAGGAAUGACUAUCGUGGCAGAAGAUAGUCGGAGAAUUUCAAUUAGUUGAAUGCUUUCCGU